UUUUCCCCUUAUUACUUAUUUCACGAAAAGGAGAAUAAAACGGAGCACUUUUUGUUGCUCUUUCAAACACGUGGAUUUUAAAACCAUUAGUUCAAUGGAUAAUUCAAUUUCAAUUGUAAAUAAAUUACACCUCUUGACCAAGUUUAUAGAGGCCGGCCAAUUUGACGAGUCAGACCGUAAGUCGCGCAAAUAUAUUGGUCUGAUGAUCAAAGAUUUGGCGGACUGCGUUUUGAAAUCCGUGGCCACAACACCGACACCGACGACUCCGAUCAACAGCGCCACAUACACCAACCCGUCGCUAAUUGGAGCUCCACUUCCGCCUCCGCCGCCGUACCCUGGUCCUCAUGCACUGGUGACGUCCAACAUUUUGUUGCGUACCGCCAGUCCCCGCCAGACCGUACCCCCGCCACCGGACAACGACGAGCAAGGACUCAUCGGAUUUGGACUCCGGACCCACGAUGAGAACGGUGCAACCGUUAUAUCUGAGAACAACCAUAAUAUGUUUGGGAGGAGCAGACGUCAGUGCAGGAAUUGCGGCUUGAUAAUUCCACUUGGGCAUUCCAGCAGAUCCAUCAAACGAGUUGCCGAAUAAGUUUAUUGAACAAUUAAAACAAUAAUAAUAACAAUAAAUCUAAAUCACACACGACAAAAACAAAAUCGAACGUUUGUUUACUACUUCUUCGCGGGUAUUUUCCGAUAUUGAUAUCGAUAUCGAUGGUGUAUCGAUAAUGGUUCGAAAAACAAUGCAUAUCAAUACACCAACGCCAAUUCAACUUGCCAAAAUGUUUAUGCCUAAUAA